AUGGCUCUCCUAUUCACCCUCACCCUCACCCUCACCCUCACCCUCACCCUCAUCCUCUUCAUCAAACCCCUACUCACCUACCUCACCACCAAAACCCUAAUUAAAUACUACCCUCCUCUCAAUCCACUCUCCAACCACACCACCCUCUCCUACAUCUACGAACACCGCCACCCCUUCCGCACCCAACGCCUCUACAACAUGCACCUCCACCACAACCACCGUCUAAUCCGCCUCUCACCGACCUCCCUCUCCAUCGCCGACCCAAAAGCCAUCCCAGCCAUCUACGGCCACGGCACACCCUGCGUAAAAGACGACGUCUACGCACUCACAAAAGGAAUCCACGCCCACUCUAACAUGCUGAAUACCAUUUCCCGCGACGAUCACUCCCGCAAGCGGAGAAUGCUCGCGAAUGCCUUCUCCACAAAGAAUCUUGAACAGUGGGAGUUCAAGAUAGCUGAUAAGGUGGAGAGAUUGUUGGGGAAGCUGGACGGGAUGUGUAUACCAUCAUCAUCAUCGAAUGCAGUGAUAACGGGGGACGGGGACGGGGACGAGGUUGAUUUGAGAUAUUGGUUGAAUCUGUUCACUGUUGAUGCGAUUGCUGAUAUUGGGCUAAGUGUGAAGUUGGGACUACUGGAUAAGGGAUCCGAUGAGGUUGUUUGUUUGCAUCGGGGGAAUUGGGUCUCUUCGUGGGUUAUUGGGGCAAGUGGGUGGGUUGGACUCUUGAGGGGAGUGUCUUGUGUUGUUUCGCUGUAUCUAAGAGAGCAGUGGGAGUGUGGGAGGAGGUUUGGGAGGGUUGUGAUGAGUUUGGUGGAUCAGAGAUUGGGGGUUCAGAAGAGUGGGGAGAAGUUGAGUGAUUUUCUGGGGUGUUUGGUUGAGGAUAGGAAGGGGGUUGGGAGGGAGUUGGAGAGGGGGGAGAUUGAGGCUGAGGCGGGGCUUUUGUUGGAUGCAGGUUCCGAUACGACGGCUAUCGCCUUGACAAAUGUUAUGUACUAUCUUAUCAAGAAUCCACUAUCGCUGGAGAAGCUCAGGGAGGAGGUAUCCGGUGCUUUGCAUGGUAAGGAAGUGGCACCAUAUGCUAAUGUCAGGAACCUUCCGUACCUGAAAGCAUGCCUGGAAGAAUCGCUGCGCCUGUCACCGCCCGUGUCGAGAGGGUUGGAGAGGAAGACACCUCCCGAAGGCAUGUAUAUCCUCGGAGAGAGGAUCCCCGGGAAUGUCACCGUUGGUGUUCCUACCUACGCAGUUCAUCGUGAUCCGGGGAUCUUUCCAGACCCUGAAGCCUUUCGGCCUGAAAGGUGGCUGGAGGAUGAUGAGAAGGUUAAGCAGAUGCGGGCUGUGUUCAUCCCUUUUAGUAGUGGCGCGCGGGCAUGUAUUGGACGGAAUAUUACGUUCAUUGAACAGCAGAUUCUGGUUGCUACGUUGGUUCAUCGCUAUGAGUUCGAGUUGCCGUCCAAGGAUUGGAUGCUGGAGUGGGAGGAGGCGUUUAAUUUGUGGCCGGGGCGAAUGCCAGUGAGAAUUUGGAGGAGGGAUGGAUAA